CCAGCGAAGUCAGAUCAGCUUUGUUUCUCUAUCUCUCUCCACUGCUGCUUUUGUAUGAAUUGCAACCAAGCCGAGGCAGUUACUGUCUAUUUGAAUACUGGAGAUACAAGAGGAUGUGGCUGAUUUACUUUUGUUGUAUUUUGUGCGCAGUUUUGCAGGGUUCCCUAUCAGAGGAAGGGAAGGAAGAUAUCCACCCUUACCAACGAGCCGCAGAUCCCUGUGUGACUCACGGCGUUCUGGACCAGGACUGGAGAAGCGUGAACAAUAAAAAAGGCACGGAUAAAAAUGGGAAAAUACAUUGUGAUAAAGCAGGAGAGACUGACAUUAACUUCCCCGGGUGGUUCAGAUUCAAAGGCAAUGCUGGCAAUAGAAUGCUAGACAAGUGCCCAGCUGUUACCACAUGCGGAACUAAUGCUCCCAUGUGGUUGAAUGGUAAACACCCAGCAAUAGGAGUUGGUGUGGUCAGUAGAAAGGCAUGCAUGAGCCACCUAAUUAGCUGUUGUGAUAAGCAAUUUCAAGUCAAAGUGAAGAUGUGCUCGGCGGGAUUCUAUGUGUACUAUUUACCAAGUGCACCAAAAUGCUUUAUGGCUUAUUGUGGUGAAUAUCACAACAUGUGUCUUGAUAAAAACGGUGGAUGUUCCCACUUCUGCUCCAUGGAUAAGACUACAUUAACAGCUGUGUGUUCGUGUCCAAGUGGUUUUCCUCUUAGAAAGGAUCGAAGGACGUGCGAGUAUCGCAACCUGUGUCUUGAUAAAAACGGUGGAUGUUCCGACAACUGCUCCAUGGAUAACUCUACAUUCAAAGCUGUGUGUUCGUGUCCAAGGGGUUUCCGUCUGGGAAAGGACCAAAGGACGUGCGAGUUUCACAAUCUGUGUCUUGAAAACAACGGAGGGUGUUCGGACAACUGCUCCAUGGAUAACUCUACAUUCACUGUCGUCUGCUCGUGUCCGAAGGGCUUUGUGGUGGGAAGUAACAAGCGCGCCUGUAUUAGAGACGAGUGUACAGUAGAUAACGGUGGCUGUAGCCAUUUCUGUGUCCAUAGAGAUUACAAUGACCACAGCCACUGUCAGUGUCCAGUGAAGGAUCUGGUGUUGAGGCAAGAUGGAAAAACAUGUGAAUCUCCCGAUGUCAACGUAACCUGCACCAACCAACACCUGCAGUUAGACCUGCUUCGUUCGGCAUUCCAUGGUCUUAACGAGAGCCAACUCCAGUUGACGGACCCUUCCUGCCAAGGCACAGGCAACCAUACCUUCAUCACGUUCAGGGCGCCCCUGCACGGCUGUGGCACGAUCAUGAAUUUCACCAACUCCUCGGUCGUGUAUUCCAACAUCGUG